GUCUUUCCCUGUCCUGGCGCACUAUCUGCUCCCAGGUUUGAUGCGUGUUCCUCUGAUAGAGAAAGAACAGUGCUGUUUGGUGGUGGAGUGUCCCACGUCCCAACAGCUGGCUGUUUCCUUCCUCUGAACUGCAUGUUUGUCCUUUGUCCAUUUCCGUUAUUGUUUGUCUUUAUUUUUGUUUUUUAAACUGAUACGUAAAACGUACACGUGUGCAUUGGUGUUCUGAUGUGUAGACUGCAUGUUGUGUAAAUCAGGUGAAGCUAUCUUAUCUCCUCCGACACUUAUCAGUUGUUCAUGGUGGGAAGGUCUGAGGUCCUCUCCUAGCGUCAGGCACGCUGCGUGAUCUCCACCUGUGGUCCCACUACUGUGCAAUGGCACACAAGGUUCUUAUUCCUGUCCACCCUGUCCACUUCGAUGGACUCCUGGGGUUCAUUUAUAGAAAACAGAUGUCCACAGACACACACCCACGCAUGGCACACAUGCACAGUUAGUUCUCGCUCAGGGAUGUAAGUUGCACACUGAUAUUUUCCCCAUAUGUCACUUGUCUGCUGGUCUUUAAGUCUCUUCUUUUGCUCCCUCUACAGAGAUUUUUAGAAAUACCUUAAUCAUUGCUUCUGUAACGCCCUCUGGGUUCAGAGUCACAGAGACAGUGCUCCUAUUCUAGGUUAUUGUGUGACCUCCUCAUCUUCCCCCAGGGCUUCCAAGGGUCAUUCUUGGCUUUGAGGUUGGUGUGGUGGGAGCCCUGACCUAGUAGACAGCAUGCCACCUCCUCACCCUGGGCCUCCCCGUCGUGUGCCACAGCCCCAGUCCUCUCCCCUGUGUACCCUCCUUGGUCCUCACAUGGCACUGGCUUGGGACAGGAGCCUCUAGGACAGUUGUCCCUGAGGCUAUGCAUAGAGCUAAGGCAGGGUCAGCCAUGGGCAGAGGGUGGGGAGCACAGGCUGGCCAGGUGGAGACCCGACCUCCCGGGUCCUUACUUAUAGUGGAACAGGCUGGCCUACUGGAGUGGAGGGAGUGUCCCCCAGGCACAGACACAUGUGGAGUGUCAUUGUCUUAACACCCCCAACUGGCUGUGUGUCAGGAAGUGUCCUUGGCCUGCAAGUCCCUCCCCUGUCCCCACUUCCUCUUUGUCUCCCUUGAUCCUCCUCUGCCUGCCCCUUGUGCCCCCUUCCACAACUCCACGUGCACUUUGUGCCCCCAUGAGACCCCCAUGAGGGUCUGGGCCACAGAGCUUCCCUGGACAUGGGAGCGUCUUGGCAAGUCCAGGCCGUGGCACAUGGAGUGGACACUGAGGCCUUUCUGGUGCUUCUGUCCUGAACCCGGCUGUGACAUUCUUAUCUGGGGACAGAGGUCUUCGGUGAGAGCUGCCUUUGAGUUUGGGGUGUGGCUCUGCCUGCCUUGGUUUUCUCUGGUGGGCAGCCACCAGGCUCUGCCCCAGCCUGCCUCCACCCCUGCCCCCGGUGGGCAGCUCUCCUGGGGCCUGGUCUGGAGCCAUCAUUGAGCUCAGCCACCUGGCAAGGCUGGAGUCCACCGGUGGCCUUUGGUCCUCCCUGAGGGCCUCUGCUCAGAUGGAGCUUUGGAGGUGAAGCCCAGCCCUCGGUGGGGCUCUAGCCCUGGCCCUCCAGUCAGCUUCCUCCCAACUCAGAGCCUCUCUCCAACCUGGGAGCUUCCAGGAGACCCUGCCUCUGCCCCGCUGUGCCCUCCUGCACCCCUCUGCUCUCCUGGAGGCCCCACCCUACUCCAUGCUCCCAGGGCCCUACCUCUGCUGUGGGGCUGACACAUCCCCUCUGCGACCUCUUGGCCCUGCUCCCACUCUAGCCCUCGUGUAGACCACCCUUAGGCAGGUGAGCCCACAGCCCCCUGCGAGGGAUUCGGGUGGGGGCAGUGUUCCAAAGCCGCUAUCCCCAAUCAUUCCCAGAGGAGCCUGGGCACAACAGCAUUGCCCCUGCUGAGGGGCAAAGGGGACUAUCUCCUGUGGUGUUUGAGGCAGGGAACUUAGUCCUGCCCACGUGCAGACAGAUGCCUCCUCGUCCAAGGAUGAAGGCCUGGGCAUGGCGGGAAGUGCGUGUGCCUGCGGGCUCCAUGUGCAGUCUGCCCACAUGGGGUGCUGAGGCCUGUGGGUGACACACAGAGGUGGCAGGACUCAGGUGUCAGUCCUGGGAUGGAACAGGGUGCAGAGCUGCCGGGUCAGGGCUGAGGCACUGAGGCUGGGAGUCUCGCUCAGUGUGCACAGCCUAUGCCUGCACAGAUAUGUACUGGACAGGGCCUGCUGGAGUGUCCAUGGGUUGCCAUCUGCUGUGGGGACAUGGGGGUCUAGCAGGCUUGAAUUCAGAGGAAGGAGGUGCAGGAGCCUGGGGCAGGAGGGUACAUGACUGGAAGGCAAGGAGAGGAGGGCAAGCCCCUCCUUGGUCAGCCAUUAGGCUGGGGGAUGAGCUCUUCGGUCACCUGUGAAGAGCUGGGCCCUGGGGUGUUUUCACUGGGAACUGUCCUUUCACUCUGGUGGACAGUCCUACCCUUCUAAGACUGAAAGACCCUGCCCGGUCACCAGGCUGCACAGGCAGGCAGGGAGGAACAAGCCAAGGCCUGCCCCUGAAGCCACAGACCCAUGGGACACCCCCAGCUGGUGGCAUCUAAGCUGGGGAGGGGAGCAGAGUGUGGUAGAGACACCAGGGAGCUGUAGUCCUGGAUUUGGCCCUUUCCCCUGCUGCAGCUUGAGCCUGGCUAUGCUCGUGGGGGUGGUGUGUGUCGAGGAAGGGGCUCCAUGGGUCUGGGCAGUGUGGCUGGUGUGGACUGGACUCCCUGAAAUGACUGGGCUCCUCCUGCUUGGCUCUGUGGGAUGGUUCUUCUGUCCCCAGCUCCCGUGGUCCUGGCUGGAGCUGGGGCUCACUCUUGCCUCUCCAUCCCCAGGCUGACUGGCAGUGAGCCCCUGACCAUCCUCCCACUGACCCUGGAGCCUGAGGCGGCUGCCCAGGCUCACUAUAAGGCCUGUGAUCGGCUGAAAUUAGAGCGCAAGCAAAGGCGCAUGUGCCGGCGGGACCCAGGUGUGGCAGAGACGCUGGUGGAGGCAGUGAGCAUGAGUGCGCUCGAGUGCCAGUACCAGUUCCGCUUUGAGCGCUGGAACUGCACCCUGGAGGGCCGCUACCGUGCCAGCCUGCUCAAGAGAGGCUUCAAGGAGACCGCCUUCCUCUAUGCUAUCUCCUCCGCCGGCCUGACACACGCCCUGGCCAAGGCGUGCAGCGCCGGGCGCAUGGAGCGCUGCACGUGUGACGAGGCACCGGACCUGGAGAACAGAGAGGCCUGGCAGUGGGGCGGCUGCGGGGACAACCUCAAGUACAGCAGCAAGUUUGUUAAGGAGUUCCUAGGCAGGCGGUCAAGCAAGGACCUGCGAGCCCGCGUGGACUUCCACAACAACCUCGUGGGUGUGAAGGUGAUCAAGGCCGGGGUGGAGACCACGUGCAAGUGCCAUGGCGUGUCGGGCUCCUGCACCGUUCGGACUUGCUGGCGGCAGCUGGCGCCCUUCCAUGAGGUGGGCAAGCACCUAAAGCACAAGUACGAGACGGCGCUCAAGGUGGGCAGCACCACCAACGAGGCCACGGGUGAGGCAGGUGCCAUCUCCCCACCACGGGGCCGGGCCUCAGGGGUGGGCAAUGCUGACCCACUGCCCCGCACACCCGAGCUCGUGCACCUGGACGACUCACCCAGUUUCUGCCUGGCCGGCCGCUUCUCCCCAGGCACAGCUGGCCGCAGGUGCCACCGUGAGAAGAACUGUGAGAGUAUCUGCUGUGGCCGUGGCCACAACACGCAGAGCCGGGUGGUGACAAGGCCCUGCCAGUGCCAGGUACGCUGGUGCUGCUAUGUAGAGUGCCGGCAGUGCACACAGCGCGAAGAGGUCUACACCUGCAAGGGCUGAGCCCAGGCCCUCCAGCCCUGCAGUGUGCACACAGUGAGAGGAGGUCUACACCCACAGGGGCUGAGCCCAGGCCCUCUAGCCCUGCCGUGUGCACACAGUGAGAGGAGGUCUACACCCGCAGGGGCUGAGCCCAGGCCCUCCAGCCCUGCCGUGUGGGGUGUAGGCAAUGCACACAGUGAGAGGAGGUCUACACCUACAGGGGCUGAGCCCAGGCCCUCCAGCCCUGCCUGGGAUGUAGGAAAUGCAUGGAGUGCAGGGUUCACACCUGCAAGGACUGAACCCCUGCUGUGGCAGGCAUUGUGCAGCAGGAGGCAGCUCCAGCUGCAAGGGCUGAGCCCAGGGCCCCAGGGUUGGUGUCUGGGUCAGCUGUGGAGGCCAGCUUCUGUCUGGCCUCCCCAACCCCUGUGCUCCUGCCCAAGGCCUGAGCUUUCUCCCAUGACCCGAGAGCGUUGCAGCAAUGCUUUCUCAGCUGUCUCCAUCCCUGACACCAGUCCCUAAUCUGGGCCCCAGUCUGUUGGCUGCCCCUCCCCGCCUCCGGGCUCCCUCUGAGGCUUGGAGGGCAGGUGCACCUUUGUGACCACAAGGCCGCCAUGGGGCACGGGCCUGGCCCGGCACCCAGCACCAGCACUGUCUUCAGAGAGCCAAACCACUAGGAGAGUGCACAGCCCUCCAUCUCCAGGGCCCUGCUGCCCAGGCGCCCGGGUGGGGAGGACUCUGCCUUCCCUCUCUGACAUCGAGCACUUCUCUUUGGAGUAUCAGUAACUUUAAGUUAUUAUAUUAUAUUAUUAUUAUUAUUAUUAUUAUUUAACUAAUAUAAUAAUUAUUAUUUUCUCCAUCCCCUUUGCCUCUUGGGCUGACUCUGUCUUGCCCUGAGCUGGGCAGGGAGGGCUCCUCUGUCCCUGUGCUCCAGUCUUCCUCCCGACCUGUUUGCCCUGUCGUUUGAAACCACUAAAUUGAGAUGAUAUUGAUAAAUGAAGCAAGUGGCCUGCAGAGCUUCUUGGAAGCCGGCCCCCCACCCCAUGCCAAGGGGACAGUGCCACUUGGUGGCUGUGCUCUGUACCUUAUGGGCAGAAAGUCAACACCAGGGUCUCUUGCAGAUUCUGGGCCUUGGGGUGGCAGAGGGGUGGGCUUGGUGAAAGAGGCAAGGCCAUCCUUUGAAGGUUCAUGCCAUGGAGAGACCACACUUGCUCGUGUGUCACAGGGGCGGGGACAGGUAGGGAUAGACGCACUUAGAGAGUCUCUGGCUGGCCUCUGACAGUGGCACACCCUUCUUUGGGGCCAUGCUGUUGUUUUUUCAGGGGGAGGGGUGACCGACACUGACCUAGUUUGGUUUGAGCAUGUGUGUGGGGGGUGUGUGUGUUGCGUGAGUGUAGGUCGUGUGUGCGUACUGUGCUGGUGUGGUCAGCGGUCACUUGGGUUGUCCACCUCCUUGGUGUACCACAUAGUGGCCCUUUGGCUCGCAGAGGUCUGGCCUGCAGCUUUUUUGGGUGGGUGGCCUCAUGUGGGAUGGGGUCUGGGAGGAGGCAGGUGUGGAACUACUGAGCAAGGAGUGGGCUCCUCAGAGCCCAGUGUCCAGGAAGCAAAGGGGAAACUGUUUUUGAAAGGAAGCCUGUUUAUAUGGCUGCAGGUCUCUGGUCCUUCUGAAUGGUGUCAGUACCGUUUAUUCUCCUGGGUUCAGAUGGCAGCCCUUGGUCAAGGCCCCGUCCCAGCAAGUGAGUGUGGGUGGGCUGUGUGAGGGCUGCAUCGAGGUGACCAGAGGGGCAGAGUGGCUGGCGGGCCCGGGGGGCCUAUCCUCCCAGGUGUCCACACCUGUCAGGGUCCCAAGCAGCAGGCCUGGCCACUCUGCCCCUGAGACUGGAGCUCAGUCAUGUGAUUCGUGGAAGGACACCCAAGGGCCAGGGUCUUCUUACCCAACACCAGUUGAGCUCUGCCCUCAACAUUCAGAACAGGCUCUUCACCCGAGGCGGCCUGCAGAGGUCUCUUGGUGGUUUUGUUUCUCUCUAAAGACACACAGAGCGUCCUGCUCAGUGAGGAGGCCACCGUGCCGGCCUUGGCCUCUGACCUUGUGGGACAGCGUGGAAGGAGCUGUUCUGUGGGGCACGGAGCCAGUGGUCUCCCUCUGCCCCAUCCACCUGCUCCCACCAGCCCAGCGGGGGCCUGACCUGAGGCCUGCCUCUGGCUGGAUGGGUGGCCCAGGAGGGAGGGGCGUCCCUGUGCUGAGGCUCCCGCGAGCCUGUUGAUUUCUCUACCUCAUCUGUAGCCCGUGGGUGUGAACCCGAGUGACUGUGGAGAAUGUAUUUAUUUAAUAGCUUUGUAUAACAGAACCAGAAACAAAUGGAGUACUAAAUAAAUGUAUUUUAAGUUAU